UUAUCGCAAUCUAUCAAACAUACUCUAUCAAAUCAUCGAAAUUUUCGACGAUCAUUUGCUACUAUCACUACUGAAUCGAAAGAUUGUUCUAAAAUAACUCCCAACUAUGCAAAACUUGUUGAAAAUUUGUCAAUUGUUCAAAAAGGAAUUUUAGGUGGUCAACCUUUGACUUUAGCUGAAAAAAUAUUAUAUGCACAUUUAUGGAAUCCAAAAGAAAUUGAUAAUAUUGUUAAAAGUGAAACCUACUUGAGAUUAAAACCCGAUAGAGUUGCGAUGCAAGAUGCAUCAUCUCAAAUGGCCAUUCUUCAAUUCAUGCUUGCUGGAAUGCCUUCAACGGCUGUUCCAACAUCUAUUCAUUGUGAUCAUUUGAUUGAAGCAUAUGAAGGUGGUGAUAAAGACGUGAAGACAGCUGAAAUGACAAGUAAAGAAAUAUUUGAUUUCUUGGAAAGUGCAUCAAAAAAAUAUGGAAUCGAAUUUUGGAAACCGGGAAGUGGAAUUAUUCAUCAAAUAGUUUUGGAAAAUUUUGCUGCUCCUGGUGCCCUUAUGAUCGGAACUGAUAGUCAUACACCAAAUUCUGGUGGUCUUGGAACAAUAGCUAUAGGUGUUGGUGGUGCAGAUGCUGUUGAUGCCAUGGCAGGUAUUCCAUGGGAACUUAAAACCCCUAAAAUAAUUGGUGUAAAAUUGACUGGUAAAUUGAAUGAGUGGACAAGUCCUAAAGAUGUAAUAUUGUAUCUGGCUGGAAAAUUAACAGUUCAGGGUGGAACUGGUCAUAUAAUUGAAUAUUUUGGUACAGGUGUUGAAACUCUGUCUUGUACAGGGAUGGCUACAAUAUGUAAUAUGGGAGCUGAGGUUGGUGCUACUACUUCAGUGUUCCCUUUUACAUCAAGCAUGUAUUCAUAUUUGUCUGCGACUAGACGUCAUCCAGUUGCUGAACAAGCUACUUUUUAUUCAUCAUAUCUAAAAGCUGAUGCUAAUGCUCAUUAUGAUAAUAUAAUUGAAAUUGAUAUGUCAGAACUUGAGCCUCAUAUUAAUGGACCAUUUACUCCUGAUCUGUCAACACCUCUUAGUAAAUUUGCUGAUUUUAUUGCAAAAAAUGGUUGGAAAGAUGAGAUAAAGGCUGGAUUAAUAGGAAGUUGCACUAACAGUAGCUACCAGGAUAUGAGUCGUGUUACUAGUCUAGUAACACAGGCACUCGAUAAAGGUUUACAACCAAAGGUCGACUUUUAUAUUACUCCAGGAAGUGAUCAAAUUCGUGCAACAAUGGAAAGAGAAGGACAAAUUGAGAUCUUGCAAAAAGUUGGUGGUCGUGUUUUGGCUAAUGCUUGUGGACCUUGUAUAGGGCAGUGGAAAAGAACAGAUAUUCAGAAGGAUGAAGAAAAUGCUAUUUUGACUUCAUAUAAUCGUAACUUUAGAAGUAGAAAUGAUGGAAACUCAUCGACAAUGAACUUUUUGGCUUCUCCAGAGGUUGUAACAGCCAUGACAUUUUCUGGUAAAUUAACUUUUAAUCCGAUUACAGACUCAUUAAUAGAUAAAGAUGGAAAACCAUUUAAAUUUUCAAGUCCAUCCGGUGAUGAAUUACCAAAAUAUGGAUUUGAAAAAGGUAGAGAAUCCUAUAACCCACCACCAGUCUCAACAGACAAUACAUCAACACAAAUUAUAAUCUCUCCAAAUUCAACCCGACUCCAAUUAUUGGAACCAUUUCCAAUAUGGCAUGGUAGUGAAUUUCAUCAAUUACGUGUUUUGAUCAAAAUAAAAGGAAAAUGUACAACAGAUCAUAUAUCUGCAGCUGGACCUUGGUUGAAAUUCAAAGGACAUUUGGAAAAUAUUUCAAAUAAUACUUUGAUUGGUGCAUUAAAUGCUGAUAAUGAGAAAGUUAAUCUUGUAAAAAAUGUUUUAACUGGAGAAGAUGGAACUAUACCAGAAGUUGCACGUUAUUAUAAAGAAAAUAAUGUUCAGUGGAUUGUUGUAGCUGAUCAUAAUUAUGGUGAAGGAUCAGCCAGAGAACAUGCAGCAUUACAAGUUCGCUAUUUAGGUUGUCCAAUAAUUAUUGCAAAAUCAUUUGCAAGAAUUCAUGAAACAAAUUUAAAGAAACAAGGAGUGUUACCAUUAAUAUUUAAGAAUGAAGAUGAUUAUAACUUAUUAUCUGGUAAUGAUAUAAUCUCUACAAUUGGUGUUGUAGGAUUAGAACCAGGUAAAGAUGUAACAAUUAGAAUUAGAAAAGAGAAGAAUGGUAGUAAAGAUUUUGAAGAAUUUGAUAUUUUAACAAAACAUACAAUGUCAGAAAAUCAGAUUGAAUGGUUUAUUAUGGGAAGUGCUUUAAAUCUUAUUGCUAGUAACCAAAAAUCUGGCAAUAUUUAA